AUGUUCUACUCGCACGAGGUUCUAACUCAGCGCAAAUACGGCGUAGCCACUAUCUGGCUUGUCGCUACAAUUGGCUCUAAAUCAGGCCUUAGAAAGGUUCACCGCAAAGACAUCUUAUCGGUCAAUGUUCCAAAGGCUUGUGAAACGGUCAUUCAGCCGGACGCACCUCUUGCUCUUCGUCUGCAGUCCAACCUGCUCUAUGGAAUCUCUAGGGUAUACUCUGGGCAAUGCGACUACCUAAUGAGCGAUGCGGCAAUGGCGCAUAUGAACAUUAAACGACUCAUUAGAGCCACUACAGUCAAAAAUCUUGACUUGAUGAGUGGAGGAAGGAGCAAACCAGAACAACUAGUUCUUCAUGAUGAUCCAGCCUUUUUGCCUGAUGUCAAUCUCACAAUGCUUCCCGAUGGUGUUGACUUGAUCAUCGAUGGCAAUGGUGAUUUGUUCACCCUCGACGAAAGUAUAGCAAUUUCUUCAUUGAACUUCGAGCGAGCUGGUUCAGUUCACUCUCUCGGACAAAUUGGUUCACAAGCAGGGUCAGUGCCGGGAAGUCCUAGGCAUAGUUUGAUGAUUCCAACCUCAGACACCAUGGCAGGAGAUUAUGGAUUUCUCCCGGGAGGGUCUUCUUCACUCAUUGGGGGCGAUGAUGAAGGAGACAGGUUCCUUGAUGACGUGGGCUUCGAAUUCGAUGCCAAUGGAGAGAUGAGAGAAAUCGAAACGCCUAAGUUUCCCAAAGGAAAAGAUACACUUGCUAGCGGCAAGAGUGGAAAAGAGAAUAAAAAGGCCCCGAGUAUUGAUAGAGGUAGUCGUUUGAAUAGCGAAGAUAUUGCACAACAAGUUCUGCUUGAGCAUGCCGAGGGCCGCGGCGAAGAUCUCAGCAGAAGCCAUAUGCUUGACGGGGACGAAACCUAUGCCCCGCCAGAUGAUGAUAUCUUCGACAUCGCUGCUGAGCCGCUUCUUCCUGCUUCAAAAGAAGCUUCAAAGGAAGCUUCAAAAGAACUUUCUGAUAGCACUACAAUUGCGGAGGAGAGCGCACCUUCUGGUAGAAGGCGUGCUGUUAGAACCACAGCCCCAAUUAUCGACAAUGUCACAGAGAUCCGCAGCGCGGAGCUGAGGGAAUGGCGUGAAAAUUAUCUCGACAAUAUGGACGCUGCCAUCAAGAAAUCUCAAACUAUGAAGGACGCUAGAAAAGCAAAGGGGAACGCCAAAAUCAUGUUGUUUGACGUUGGGCUCUUUGGAGAACUCAAAAAUCCACUUUUGAAGCAGUUGUUCUCUACAAAGGCCUUAUUAGAAAGCCUCAACGCAACCUUUGAAGGUAGAAAGCGCAAGGGAACUGAAGAUUCUGAAAGCAAAGAAAGAAGAAUUAGAGCGAGAGUCUCGGGAGGCCCCGAUGAAGAGAUGGGACUUGCUCAAAAUCUCGCCGAUGAAUAUGAAUUACCUAUGGAAGGCGGUGAUGUUGUUGAGAUUGGUGACGCUGAGAUCGAGAUCGGUCGUGAAGGUCCAGAAAUCGGAAACGAUGAUAUUAGACCUUCCAGCCAAACUACUCUUCCGUGGAAUUUAAUGUCAGAACGCAGAUCACGUGCUGGAUCCGUUGCAAUGAGUGAAGGUCGUCUUCCUUCUGUUGGUGGAUUUCCAUCUAGUUCUGCAGGCGGCAGCCAAAUAGACUUCCCAAGCAUGAGAAGAAGCUCUAAACUCGGCGCCAUCAAGGGUGGGUUUGAAAGGCUGAGUAUCAUUGGAUCACCAAUAGGUGAGCGUGAUGAAGACGUCGAGGAGGAUCUUAAUCGCGAAUUCCCACCAGGGGAAGAGAUGGAGUUUGAGUAUUUUGGUGCUGGCGCAAACGUUGAUACACAGACUGCCCAGGAUAGCCAAUGGCUCGCUGCCACCGUAGAACAAGAAUCUACGAACUUCUUUGAGUUUGUCAAAGCAGAGCAAGAAAAGUCUAAGAGAACUGCUGAGGACAACGACGAGGAACCAGUAGACUUCCUCACCUUUGAGCAGUUGCUCGAUCCUACUCAGAACGGGAGGAUCGUAGCUGCGCAAGCUUUCCACCAUACACUUCUGCUAGCCACUAAAGGGCUUGUCUGUGUCACCCAGGAAGAACCAUAUGGAACUAUCCAGUUAAGCAUUUUGGAAUUCUGA